AUGCAGAGCCUCAGCAACACGUGGAGCUCCCAGGCGACGUGCCGGCAGAGGCGAGGCCGGUGCGGGCGGCUGCAGGAGGGGGUCAUCGUCUACCUCUUCCCGCGCAGGCACUACGACAGCCUACAGCCGUAUGCGUCGCCAGAGGUGCUGGGCGUGCCGCUGGAGUCGAUCUAUCCCGUGGGGCUGCCGCCGCGCCUGUGCUUCUGGCCCCCCCGAG